UGAGAUCAAAAAGUUCUGUGUAGAAACAGACUGACAAAGGAGAAUCGGGUGGCUGAUUGGGUCUCAUCUUUUUUUUUUUUCUUUCUCUUUUUUUUUCCCUUUUUUUUUCUAUUUUUCCCCUUCGACAAAAUACACAUCAACCAACAUGGCCAGUCUUGAAAUAUUACAAACCUUAGUUCUUGAAACUUUAAAUAAACAAAAUGUUAUUGAAAACACCAAGGAUUUGACCACCUCUGAUAACCAACCUAUUGACCAACUUGUUUUAUUGGGUGCCCUUAAUAGUUUAAAGUCAAAAGACAUGAUCGAUUAUUCCUCUAUUGACCGUGAAUUAUGGACUUUAACUGAAGAAGGACAACAAUUGGCAGACCAUGGAAGUCAUGAAGCUCGUGUUUUCGAUGCUGUACCUGCUGGAGAUGAAGGUAUUGCCAUUAGUGAUAUUCAAGCAAAAUUGGGUGAUUCUGCCAAAGUAGGUCAAGGCAAGGCAUUCAAAAAUAAAUGGAUUUCCAAAAAAGGUGGCAACUUGAUUCGCUUGGUGGACUCUAUUGUGGAUCAAACUCAAUUAGAUUUAAAGCAAAUACAAUCUGCAGGUACUUUACAAGAUGCCAAACUUUUGACUGAAUUGAAGAAACGUAAAUUGGUCGAUAAACAAAAAAUCACUUCUUUCCAUGUUACCAAAGGUCCUGAAUUCUCAUUAGAAAUUAAAAAGGAAGCUACUGAUAUCACUUAUGAAAUGUUACAAAGUGGUGAAUGGAAGACUGCUUCAUUCAAGAAAUAUAACUUUGAUGCUGCUGGUGUUCAUCCUAAUGGUGGUCAUCUUCAUCCUCUUAUGAAAGUACGACAGGAAUUCCGCGAAAUCUUCUUUGAAAUGGGUUUUGAAGAAAUGCCAACCAACUGUUUUGCUGAAUCUAGUUUCUGGAAUUUCGAUGCUCUUUUCCAACCUCAACAACAUCCUGCUCGUGAUGCUCAUGAUACAUUCUUUUUGAAAGAUCCUGCUACAACUGAUCGUUUCCCUCGAGAAUUAAUGGAAAAGAUCAAGAAUACACAUGAAACUGGUGGUGAUACUGGAUCUAUUGGUUAUAAUUAUAAAUGGAAGGAAGAUGAUGCUGGCAAGAUGUUAUUACGUACUCACACCACAGCUGUCAGUUCUUAUAUGCUUUACAAACUGGCAGAACAAACAAAGGCACAAGGAUUCUUCAAACCUGCAAAAUAUUUCUCCAUUGAUCGAGUGUUCCGUAAUGAAUCUGUAGAUGCUACUCAUUUGGCUGAAUUCCAUCAAAUCGAAGGUGUGAUUGCUGACAAGAACCUGACACUUGGUAACCUUAUCGGCUUUAUGGAUGUCUUUUUCAAAAAAAUGGGUAUGGAUAAGAUUCGCUUCAAACCUACUUAUAACCCUUAUACCGAACCAAGCAUGGAAAUUUUCUCUUAUCACGAAGGAUUGAAGAAAUGGGUAGAAAUUGGUAACAGCGGUCUUUUCCGUCCUGAAAUGUUAGAACCUCUUGGUUUACCUUCUGAUGUACGUGUAGUUGCAUGGGGUCUUGGUUUGGAACGUCCUACCAUGGUAAAAUAUGGUAUCAACAACAUUCGUGAUUUGCUUGGUCAUAAGGUGAACAUUAGUAUGAUCAAGGAAUAUCCUGUAUGUCGAUUGGACAAGAAGAUGGGAAAAGAAUUGAUUGGUUUAAGUCAAGAUUAGAUUAUUUAGAUAGAUAGUCCUUUUUUUUUUUUUGUUAUAUAUGUUUUGUUUUAUUUU